AUGGCGGAGACAAACGCCACCUGUGGUGAGACAGAGGCCACUGCCACCGUCAACGAUAGAAGUGUUGUCCAAGUGGCAGCAUUGGUUACUACAGGCCAGGUGAGGUGCAAACGGACCAAGUUAGAGCACCAGAAGCAGGACAUGGUUGAAAAUGGUGGAAAAAUGGUAAGCGAUGGACCAAUAAGCAUUGAAGUGGAGGAUGACUUGAGAGAGUCAUAUGAUGAGCUUGCUGACCAAGUUGUGAGGUGUAGAAUUAGCCAUAUAGGCCGUGCUUUAUGGCUUCGGGAGGAGAUACCGGUUGGAGGAGAAGAUAAGGACAGCUUUCUUCCAUUCCACUCUUGCUCCAAUCCCAAUAGUCUGAGAUUGAAGAUGAUGUCAACAGUUAGCCAAGAAGGUUUAUGGCAAACUGGAAGGAGUGUUGAGAGAUAA